CAAGCACACACAAACAAUCAUCAUGCAUCGCGACGAGGAGCAAGAAGCGCUGCUCUCGGAAGCGUCCACGAGUGUCCGUCAAAGUUCCUUCUACAUGAAGCGAGCUAUGGACGCUGGAACCACUGAAGCGGACAUCGCAGUCGUCCUCAAACAUGCCGCGGACUUUCUCCGCGAAUUGCGCACAUCGCUUCUGUCCCCAAAGAACUAUUACGAGCUGUACAUGCUAGUAGUGGACGAGCUGCGCGAACUGUCGGGGUACGUGGACACGCUGCGUUCGUCCGUGAACCUGCGCACGUUGUAUGAACAAGUGCAACAGAGCGGUAACAUCGUCCCUCGCCUGUACUUGCUGGUCACGGUGGGCACAGUGUUCAUGCGACACGAUGCCUCGGUAACAAAGGACAUUCUAAACGACUUGGUCGAGAUGGUCAAAGGUGUGCAGCAUGCCCAGCGAGGUCUGUUCCUCCGCCAUUACUUGGUCGUGUCGGUGAAGGAGCACCUGGGCGGCGUGGACAUCGCGGACGCCGUGUCGUUCCUGCUGCAAAACUGGGACGAAACAAUCCAACUGUGGAUUCGCAUGCAGCACCAGUCCAACAUCAAGGACAAGAAGCAGCGCGAGAAGGAGCGCCAGGAGCUCAAGACCCUCGUGGGCACGAGUCUCGUGCGGCUGAGUCAGCGCGACGACGUUACCACGUCCCUGUACACGACCACGUUGUUGCCCAAGAUCCUCGCCAUUGUCGUCAAAGCCAGGGACAAAAUCGCCCAGGAAUACCUGACCGAUUGCCUCAUCCAGGUGUUCCCGGACGAGUUCCACCUAGAUUCGAUCCAGUUGUUCUUGGACGCCAUGGCCAACUUGCACCCGCAAGUGGACAUCAGCGAGCCCGUCGUGGCGCUGCUGACGCGGCUCGCCAAGUACCACCACGCAACCCCCAACCACGUGUUUCCGCCGCAAGCGCAACUGUAUGACACACUUAUGGGGUGCACCGAGAAUGCCGUUGCGCAGCGUGAGACUGAAGUAUCGAGCGCGUCGCUGCUGCGUUUGUACGUGGGCGUGCUCGAGUUUGUGCUGGCUUGCUUCCACAACCCCCUGCCGUCCAUGUCCCGGACCGCCGUGUCCGCCACGGCGUUUCUCGUGCGCGUCAAGAUGCGUUCGGACGCGGUCGUGGAGGCAGGUGAACGUCUGGCGCUCGUGCCGCUCGAGGCGCUGGGCGUCGCCGCCUUGGAAGAUCCGGCGCUGGAAGCGAGUGUGGUCACAACGUUGCAAUGGCUGCCUGUGCCCAACCGCAAACGGGCCGCGUACCGCUUUUGCACGAGUGUGAUCAAGCGCCGAGUGUCCAUCACCGAGCCUGCGACCGCGGAAAAAGUGUUUACGCUGCUGCUUCCGCUCAUCCGCGACGAAGUGAAUCCGGCAGACUUGUCUGCUCCGUCGCGGGCAACGGUCGAGCGUGAACAGCACGCGCUGGCGAAAUUGACCCACCUGCUGGUGCAUCCCACUCCGUCGACGCAAUUUGAGAUGUACAGCCACGCGAGGCGGCUGCUGGGCCAAGGCGGCCUCGAGCGCAUCCGAUUCACAUUGGUGCCGCUGGUGCUGUUGUCGUUGCAGCUGGCCCGCCGCGUGUUUCAAGCCGAGAGUGACGGAAGUGGGGCGUCCGGCGUGAGUACCCGAGCGAUCUUGCAGUUUGUGCACGAGAUGGCGACGGCGCUGGCGUCCAAAGUGGAGGGGACCGUCGAGUCGACCUUGUCGGUCAACUUGUUCGUGCAGUGUGCGCUGGCCGCGGACCAGUGCCGCCUCGACGCGAUCGCGUACGAGUUUUUCACGCAGGCGUUCGUCGUGUACGAAGAUCAGCUGAGCCAGUCGAGCCAGCAGGUGGCGGCGCUGGAACUGCUCCUGGGCGCGCUGAGCCAGGUCCGAGACAUCCGGCAGGCCAACUACGACACGCUCGCAACCAAGCUCACGCAGUACGUGGCCAAACUGGUCAAGAAAAAGGAGCAAAGCGGCAUGGUGGCUACGUGCGCGCACCUGUUUUGGAGAAAGGCCGAGGGAAGUGCCAGUGGAAAUGGCGUGCGGGUGCUCGAGUGCUUGCAGCGAGCGUUGAAAAUCGCCGACGCCAGCGGCAUCGGAGCGGCGGCGCAAGUCGGAUUGUUUGUCGAUAUCUUGGACGAGUAUCUGUAUUACUUUAUCGGCCGCACCCCCGAGGUGACCAAGCAGUACGUGGUGGGGCUGAUUGCGUUGGUGAAAGAGCAUUUGGAGACGAUGGAGCCAGGCCAGGCAAGGGCCGACGUCGAGACGCACUACCGCAACACGCUCAAGUACAUCGAAGGCGUCGAGUUCUAACCACCCGUGAAACUACGUCGUGGUGGUUGCGAUGGCCACCCCACCGACCACGAUCGAGUAGACUGCCAACCCUCGUAAUGUCAAAAACUUGAGCACGAAGUCUCGCGUGCGUUGCCGUUCGUUUCGCUGCAUAAACUAGACGAAAAUAAAUGGUCAAGAAGAGCUCGACAUGUGCACACAUUUGAUUCACCUGGUCGACGGACUGCGCGGGC